GGAGCGCGCCGGGCGAUGGCCUUCCCCAGAGGGGCUGCGGGGCGUGUUGAUUUGCCUGCGCGAGUGCGCGCUGUCCGGCUGGGCGGGCCCGGCGUUUUUUGACUGCUCCGCGGUCCUGAGGCGGCCCAGAGGAGCUGUCAAGCGGACGCGGCUGCUUUAUUUCUUCCGGCGGCUGCCGCGGCGGGCGGAACCUGAGGAGAGGGCGGGCGAGGGAGCCAGGGCCGUCUGUGAGCCGCGGGGACUCGAAGUCGCCGCGGCGGCGCCCUGAGUGGCCCCCGCCAUCCCACCGCCGGGCUGCGGCUGCGGCGGGAGGGAAGGAGCGACGGCCCGACGGGGCCCGCCUCCCUUUGUGUGCGGGGCGGGGUCCUCCGGGGCAGAGGCGCGCGGGCCCGGAUUCCCCUCGGCGCCCCGGGACUGUGCGAGGGGGUGACGUGGAGCGAGGGACCCGGGGGUCCCCAGGCACCCCCCGGGCCGCAGAAGCCCAGGUGUAGUAUACCUGGGAGGUCCGGACUUGCCCGGGCGUGGCGCCCCGAAUCCUGCUUUCCUUGCCCUCCCCUUAGUUCUUAUUCACCCUCCCCCCCCCACCCGGAUUUCCCCCACUCAGUCCCUGCAAGGCUGAGUCCCGGGGACUAAGACCUCGGCGCCGAGGCUUGGCUCAUGGUUGACAGCUCAGAGAAAGACUUGAGGGAGGAUGGAUGCGAAAGCUCGAAAUUGUUUGCUUCAACAUAGAGAAGCCCUGGAAAAGGACAUCAAGACAUCCUACAUCAUGGAUCACAUGAUUAGUGAUGGCGUCUUAACAGUAUCAGAGGAAGAAAAAGUUAAAAAUGAGCCCACUCAACAGCAUCGAGCAGCUAUGCUAAUUAAAAUGAUACUUAAAAAAGAUAAUUAUUCCUACAUAUCAUUCUAUAAUGCUUUACUCCAUGAAGGAUAUAAAGACCUUGCCGCUCUUCUACAUGGUGCUGUUCCUGUGGUCUCUUCUUUCAAUGGCAAAGAUUCAGUUGGUGGAAUAACUUCAUAUGUCAGAACAGUCUUGUGUGAAGGUGGUGUACCACAGAGGCCGGUCGUUUUUGUCACCAGGAAGAAGUUGGUGACUGCAAUUCGUGAGAGGCUCUUCAAACUGAACGCUGAACCAGGAUGGGUCACUAUAUAUGGAAUGGCAGGUUGUGGAAAGUCCGUAUUAGCUGCAGAAGCUGUUCGAGAUCAUUGCUUCCUAGAGAAUUGUUUCCCAGGGGGUGUGCAUUGGGUUUCCAUCGGGAAACAAGACAAAUCUGGACUUUUGAUGAAACUGCAAAAUCUUUGCACACGGUUGGAUCAGGAUGAGAGCUUUUCCCAGAGGCUCCCACUUAAUAUUGAAGAGGCUAAAGACCGUCUCCGCAUUCUGAUGCUGCGCAAAUACCCAAGGUCUCUGUUGAUCUUGGAUGAUGUUUGGGAUCCUUGGGUUUUAAAAGCUUUUGACAAUCAGUGUCAGAUUCUUCUUACAACUAGAGAUAAGAGUGUCACAGAUUCCGUAAUGGGUCCUAAAUAUGUAGUUUCUGUGGAGAGUGGCUUAGGAAAAGAAAAAGGACUUGAAAUUUUAUCUCUUUUUGUAAAUAUGAAGAAAACAGAAUUGCCAGAACAAGCUCAUAGUAUUAUAAAAGAAUGUAAAGGCUCUCCUCUUGUAGUAUCUUUAAUUGGUGCUCUUUUACGUGACUUUCCCAAUCGCUGGGAAUACUACCUCAGACAACUUCAGAACAAGCAGUUUAAGAGAAUAAGGAAAUCUUCAUCUUAUGAUUAUGAGGCUUUGGACGAAGCCAUGUCUAUAAGUGUAGAAAUGCUUAGAGAAGACAUCAAAGACUAUUAUACCGAUCUUUCUAUUCUUCAGAAGGAUGUCAAGGUGCCUACAAAGGUGUUAUGUAUUCUCUGGGACAUGGAAACUGAAGAAGUUGAAGACAUUCUGCAGGAGUUUGUUAAUAAGUCGCUCUUAUUCUGUGAUCGGAAUGGAAAGUCAUUUCAUUACUAUUUACAUGAUCUUCAAGUAGAUUUCCUUACAGAGAAGAAUCGCAGCCAGUUGCAGGAUCUACAUAAGAAGAUAAUCACCCAGUUCCAGAGAUAUCAUCAGUUAUAUACUCUUUCACCAGAUCAGGAGGACUGCAUGUACUGGUAUAAUUUUUUGGCCUAUCAUAUGGCCAGUGCCAAAAUGCACAAAGAACUUUGUACUUUAAUGUUUUCUCUGGAUUGGAUUAAAGCCAAAACGGAACUUGUAGGUCCUGCUCAUCUGAUUCAUGAAUUUGUGGAAUACAGGCAUAUAUUGGAUGAAAAGGAUUUUGCUGUCUGUGAGAAUUUCCAGGAGUUUUUAUCUUUAAAUGGACACCUUCUUGGACGACAGCCAUUUCCUAAUAUUAUACAGCUGGGUCUCUGUGAACCUGAAAUUUCAGAAGUUUAUCAGCAAGCUAAGCUGCGGGCCAAGCAGGAGGUUGAUAAUGGAACGCUCUACCUGGAGUGGAUAAACAAAAAAACCAUCAAGAAUCUCUCUCGCUUAGUUGUCCGCCCCCAUACAGAUGCUGUUUACCAUGCUUGCUUUUCUGAGGAUGGCCAAAGAAUAGCUUCUUGUGGAGCUGAUAAAACCUUACAGGUGUUCAAAGCUGAAACAGGAGAGAAGCUCUUAGAAAUCAAGGCUCAUGAAGAUGAAGUGCUUUGCUGUGCAUUCUCUGCUUGUGAUAGAUUUAUAGCAACUUGCUCUGUGGAUAAAAAAGUAAAGAUUUGGAAUUCUGUGACUGGAGAACUAAUACAUACCUAUGAUGAGCACUCAGAGCAAGUCAAUUGCUGUCACUUUACCUGUAGUAGCCAUCACCUUCUCUUAGCCACUGGAUCGAGUGAUCACCUCCUCAAACUCUGGGAUUUGAAUCAAAAAGAAUGUCGAAAUACCUUGUUUGGCCAUACAAAUACAGUUAAUCACUGCAGAUUUUCACCCGAUAAUAAACUUUUGGCUAGUUGUUCAGCUGAUGGAACAUUAAAGUUUUGGGACGUGAAAUCGGCAAAUGAGAGCAAAAGCAUUAAUGUGAAGCAGUUCUUCCUGAAUUCACAAGGGCCUCAAGAAGACAUGGAGGUGAUAGUGAAAUGUUGUUCAUGGUCAGCUGACGGUGCUAAAAUCAUGGUGGCAGCAAAAAAUAAAAUCUUUCUUUUUGACAUUCAUACCAGCAGUUUGUUGGCAGAAGUCCACACAGGCCAUAACAGCACCAUCCAGUACUGUGACUUCUCCCCUCAGAAUCAUUUGGCGGUAGUGACUUUAUCCCAGUACUGUGUGGAGUUGUGGAAUAUGGAAUCCUGCUUAAAAGUAGCAGAUUGCAGAGGACAUUUAAGUUGGGUUCAUUGUGUGAUGUUUUCUCCUGAUGGAUCAUCGUUUUUGACAUCUUCUGAUGACCAAACAAUCAGGCUUUGGGAAACAAAGAAAGUGUGUGAGAACUCCGCUAAAGUGUUAAAACAAGAAAUAGAUGUUUUAUUUCAAGAAAAUGAAGUGAUGGUUCUUGCAGUUGAUAAUAUAAGACGUCUGCAACUUAUUAAUGGAAAAACAGGUCAAAUUGAUGAUCUCACUGAAGCUCAAGUUAGUUGCUGUUGCUUGAGUCCACAUCUUCAGUACGUCGCAUUUGGAGAUGAAGAUGGAGCCAUUAAGGUUUUAGAGCUCCUAAACAACAAAAUCUUCCAAUCUAGAAUUGGUCACAAGAAUAUUGUACGGCACAUCCAAUUCACAGCUGAUGCAAAGACUGUGAUUUCAAGCUCUGAUGAUUCUAAAAUUCAGGUCUGGAAUUGGCAAUCAGAGGAAUAUAUCUCUCUGCAAGCACAUCAAGAAACGGUGAAAGAUUUUAGGCUCCUGAAAAAUUCAAGACUUCUUUCUUGGUCAUUUGAUGGAACAGUGAAGGUAUGGGAUAUUAUUACUGGAAAAAUCGAAAAGGACUUUAUUUGUCAUCAGGAUACAGUACUUUCUUGUGAUAUUUCUCCAGAUGCUACAAAAUUUUCAUCUACCUCUACUGACAAGACUGCAAAGAUUUGGAGCUUUGACCUGUUUUCCCCGCUUCAUGAACUGAAGGGCCACAAGGGCUGUGUGCGCUGCUCUGUCUUCUCUGUGGACACGACCCUGCUGGCAACUGGAGAUGACAAUGGAGAAAUCCGGAUAUGGAAUGUCUCAAGCGGCCAGCUGCUUCAUUUGUGUGCUCCGAUUUCAGUGGAAGGAGGAACUGCAACUCAUGGAGGCUGGGUGACCGACCUUUGUUUUUCUCCCGAUAGCAGAAUGCUUGUCUCUGCUGGAGGGUAUCUUAAGUGGUGGAAUGUUGUCACUGGUGAAUCAUCACAGACCUUCUACACAAAUGGAACCAAUCUUAAGAAAAUACAUGUGUCCCCUGACUUCAAAACAUAUGUGACUGUGGAUAAUCUUGGUAUUUUAUAUAUUUUACAGAUUUUAGAGUAAAUAGUUUAGCAUUGAUGGUUGAAGUCUUUUAAAUGAGGAAAAAAAUCCAAUGAAAUGGUUGUUUUCAACUUUUUAAUGAAGCUGUGAAUUGUGUGCAGUAUUGCUUUCAUUGCAAAAGUGUUUGUGGUUGAGUGAGUAAUACUAAUGUAGCUUUUCCUCAAAUGAACAUGCCUUUAAUCUUGUGUUUCAUACUCAUUAUUAUUGACCAUUUGUCCUUAAAACAAAUUGUAAAAAUGUACCUAGUUACAUUUUCUCUUGAUGCAUUCAAGUUGGCUGACAUAAUUAAUGAGAAUGAUUUGCAGGGAAUCUGUUUCAGUCCCUGUCAUCAUGCAGGCUCUGCCUCGGGGUGGCAGCGACCUGCUUUGGGACCCACACUCGCCCGAUGGGGAGAGAUACCGUCUCGGUGCUUAGUUGUACCCCUUAAAUUUGCUUUCGUGCAGCUGCGUUUUCUUUAAAAUAUGUCUAUGUUUACAUUUUUUUCAGCAUUUACUUCAAUUCACUUAAGAGAAUUUUGGAUUUCAGAAGUUCUGCUUAGCAAAAUAUGACUAGGAGUAUAUCGGUUCUAUUGGUCUGCCUUAUUUUCACAAGCUUAUGGCAGCCCCAUGCCAGCUGGGCUCUGAGUUGGGCACAGUCCUGCUCUACUUGUCACACGCCAGAGAUGUGACGCCUGAACCUGGUCUCUUUUUGUGGUGCCAGGCACAGAACCCAGGGCCUCACGCAUCUGAGGCAUGCACUCUUUUGAGUUACUUUCCUGGCCCUGAACUUCAUCCUCUUAAUCCUUACUUUUUCUCUCUCUUUUUUUUUUUUAUAAAAAAAUCAAAUGCUCCACAGUUAAAUCUUAGUAAGAUAUAGAUUUAUUGGGGGAGGAGCUAAUUUUAAUAAUAAAUUUUAACAAUAGAAUAUUCUAAGAACAAAUAGUAAGAUAAAAAAUUAUUACUCUAGUAUUGCCAGUGAUAUAGUGAAUUUCAAGGUAAUUUGUUAUGAUUUUCAACAGUUCUCGGUAAUCAUUGUAACUGUGGAAGGUGCCACCAUUAUCUCUCUUCUUUCUCUUUUCUCACUCUCUUUCCUCUUUCCUGUUCUGUAAGACUUACCAAAAAAGAGAGAUUUUGACAGCAUUAACGUGUGUGUGUGUGUGUGUGUGUGUGUGUGUGUGUGAGAGAGAGAGAGAGAGAGAGAGAGAGAGAGAAAGAGAGAGAAAUGGAGAGAGAGAGACACCAGGGUAUUGCAAGAUAUGAACUGUACGACUGAGCCACAUCCCCAGUCCUAUUAAGUAGCUUUGAAAAAAAAUCUAGGCGUUUAUAUCCAGUUGAAGUUUAUAUCUAAACAUUUCCCAUAAAUAUGUUGCUAAAAGAAAUGGAGAUAAAUUAAUAAUAUAUGUAGCUCUCAUAUAAAAAUAGCCAAAAUUCAAAAGUGUUUUGCAACGGGAACCAAAUCGUAUUAGUAUUAAUGUUCACAGUAUGUAAGUAAUGAGCUAGUUUUAGUGAAUACUAAUAGAUGUGGGGUAGUUAGGGGGAAUGGACUACUCUGGAUGCAUUUUAGAUGAGAUAUUCUUGGUUAGCAUUUGAAGAUAACAUAAGUAGGGUGAGUAAAAUUUUUUCAUAUUGUUAAGGAGGUUUUUUUUUUAAAUGACUAGUUUAUAGGCUUACUGUGAUUUAAGCAAAUGUAAUGUGAAAAUCUUAAUUUUAUAAAAAGACUUUUCUGUGAAUGAUCUGUUCUGAGUAUCCAACUUGUAGUUUUUAACUCCUAUGUAAUGUUUAGAGCCCAUGUCAUAUAUAACUCAGAGUAUGAAGCAGGAACUUUUGUAUGCCACUUGACUGUUAAAGUGUAACAGUAACAUCAGCUUUCACAAACUUGAUUGGCCUUUGUUGUAUAAGUAAAUUAAAAGGAGACAGCUGCUUUGAGCACAUGGCCACCUCCAGCCUGCCAGCUUGUUGCCAAUAAAGCUUUUGUUCUUGAAAGCCCCCGCCCCCAAAAAGAAAAAGAAAACAGAGUGAUAGUACAGCAGGUAGGGAGUUCGCCUUGCUCGUGGCUAACCCAGGUUCUAUCCCUGACAUCCCGUAUGGUCCUCCGAGUGUGCCAGGAAUGAUCUGUGAGUACAGAGCCAGAAGUAAGCUCUGAGCACUGUGAGGUAUUGCUCCUCACCCAACAAAAAUAAAUUAAAAUGGGAAGAAAGUCAAGGGAACCUGAAGCAAAAGAAGAGUAGCCUGGAGUAAGGCACGUCCAGUCUGGAGGACUUUCCUUGUUCAGGAGAUCAAACACCUGAGAGAGCGCCUUUCAAGAGUUUUCCCUGCUUUAUCUCUUUUGUAUUGGGAAUUGCAUUACAUUUUGUAUAUACAAAGUUUUUUUUUCCUACAUUGUAUGUAUUUUAUAUGUUUUGAAAACUGUUGGUUUCAUAUUAUUUAUGAUGCAACUUACAUGAUUUGUAUGUUGGUUUACAUUUUAAAACAUGAAUUAAAAAUUUUAUAAAAAUAAAAUUUCUAAGAUAUUUUUAAAAAAUAUUUUCUCAUUGUUUGAUUCCUUGUUUGUCCUUUGUCUGUUGAUUAGAGAACAGAUAUGACUGUUCAAACAAAGCCAUUAGCCUUUCAGCUGAUGCUUUUCCCACUUUGUGUAACUCUAAAUAUUGUCUCCUUAGGAAGUGUCUGAUGACUCCUGCCCAGGGUGGCUGGAAGUGGAGAAGAUCUCAUAAAAAGAGAAUUCAUUUAUUCCUUCCCUAGCUUUGUUCAUUCAUUCCCUGUACCUGGCAGCAUUAUGGGUACAUUAUGGGUAGGUCUAGCAGCAAGCCCAACAGGUGCUCGAGCAACCCCAGGGGCCUAAGGAGAGGCAGACGGACAGUGUAAUCUCUGGGUAGCGGUCGGUAUGUGUCCAUGGAGAGAGGGAAAGUUUCCAUUUUAGUUGGUGAAGCUCGUUGAGAAGGUAAGGCUUGAGUUCACACCUGAAAGAUGAGGGGGAGAGCCGGCGGAGAGAGAGCAGGUGAGUGUAUGAGUACAGGCUUUGGAAAGUGAGGUUCAUGGCAGAGACACAAGAGUGGGACAGAUUGGUCUUUUCCAGGACUGGCUGGGGAAGACAGAGUGAGGGAAUGUCGUGGGAGGUGUAGCUAUCACUGAGGUAUUGUCAGAACUUUUACUCUGAGAUACAAGCCAGUGGAGGAGUUAGGACAGUAGAGAAAUUUGACUUGAGUUUUGCCUUGUUUACUCUGACACUGGGAGUCUGUUGAAUGGGGGACAGGCCAGGGAGACAGCAGGGAGACUGAAUUUUUUAUUUUUUUAAAGCUUUUGCAAAAUGAUCUGGUGCCAGACCAGAGUCACAAUAGAGUUGGGGCAAGUUGAAUUCUGGGUGUUUAAAAAAGUUACUAGGGUUGGGGCCGGAGCGAUAGCAUAGAGGGUAGGGCGUUUGCCUUGCGCAUGACCGACCCGGGUUUGAUCCCCGGCUUCCCAUAUGGUCCCCCAAGCACUGCCAGGAGUAAUUCCUGAGUGCAAAGCCAGGAGUAACCCCUGAGCAUCGCUGGGUGUGACCCAAAAAGCAAAAAACAAAGUUACUAGGGUUUACUAUUGGACUGGACAGGGGUUGUGAGAGAGACAGCACUGAUACCAAAGCCUGGAGCUUUGGGUUGAGCAUCUGGAAGCAUAGGGUUGUCAUUAAUGGAAAUGAAGAUUACAAGGACAGAGUAAGUGUCAGAUGUCCAUUAGGCAUCCAACUGGGAAUGUUGAGUAGGUGAAAAGGUUUGGAGCCAUGGGAAAAUUCUCUGAUAGAGACAGAAAUUUCAGAGUCACCCAUGAACCACUGGUAUUUAAAACCAUAUGACCAGAAAAGAUCACACUGUAAAAUGGGGUAGUAAAGACAGAUAAGACAGGAGGAAGUCAAGACUGAGGCCAUGUUCGUCUGCAGGUUGGUGAAAUGACAAACCAGCAUAGGGAACUGGGGAAGGUCUAGCAAAGAUUGAAAAUUGCUUUUCAGUGUGAUAAGUCGAGAGUGUGCUAUCGAUGUGGCAUCCCUUAGCACACUAUAAUCUUAAAAUUUAUCUCAUGAGUUAGUUUACCAGGCAUUUACCUGUUCUAUAUGCUUUGAACUUCUACUCUAUUAAGUAGCUGGCAAGGCAGUAAAAUACAUUUUAGUUGUUAGGGGAGAAUGAAGACAAUAGCUAACAAGGUAACAUGUCAGCAGUUGUCAUCUCUGUGGUGUGUUAGAUGUGUAUUGGCAAAUGAGGAAACCAGGCUGCACCCUCUCCCAGGAAAUGCCAUGUUAAAAUGAAAUUUCUGGAUUCCCGGGGUCUUUCUUUUCAUUUUAUUGUUUAUUUUAUUUGGGGGUGGGGGUGGGGAAGCAGUGGGGUACACCUGGUAGUGACCAGGAUCCCUUGUGGUAUUGGUACCUCGUAGACAAAGUAUGCACUGUAGCCUUUUGAGCUAGAUCCGUUGUUCUAUUCAUUUUCUUUUUUGGAUGGGGGCUCCUCAGCUGGGCUGGGGGGCCCGGGGUCCAUUGACAGUUUGGUGCUCAGACUUGUGCUGAGCCCAGGGCGUGACAUCAGGCUGUGAUUCAGGGGUGCAGCAUGUGGUGCUGGGCAUGAAGCUUGGGGCCUGUCACGGGCAGGGCAUCUGCUCCAGCCCCUUGCACUAGCUCCACUUUGGCCCUCUGUCCAGUCCAGCCCUGGGUCUUUCCUUCUCUGUUUGUUCUUGUGUAUUUUGGUUUUGGCCCAUACCCGGCUCUGCUCAGGACUGAUUCUUGGAGGGCUUAAGGGACCACUGCGGUGCUGAGGAUUGAAUGUGGGUGAGCUGGGUGCAAGGCAACUGCCUUACCCACUGUCCUCUCUCCACCACCCCCCAGUCUUUCCUGGCUCAGCGU